GAAAGCCAAAAAGGGUAGAAGUGAGAAGAUGAGCUCUCUCACACACACUCUCACAUGGGAGGAGUUUGCAAAAGAGAGAACAAGGCAGAGAUUACAUGCCAUCUGUUGCAGUUGGGAGUGCUUUCCGGGUUCACCAAAUAGGUUUCAUUUUUCAUUGUGUUUUGUUGGUGAACUGAUGUGAGGAGGAGCCCCGGAGAUAGAGCUUGACCCAUUUCUAACUGCUCUUAUCUGUUUCGCUGAUCUGGCCCACUCCCGUUUGUUUUUCUUGCCUCAAUUGCAAAACCCUAGUCAUCCCAGAUUGUGCUCUGCAUGUCGAAUUUGGGAAAUGCAAUGCAUUGAUGUUUUAUCAGUAAUUUACACCUUUUCUGGUGCUAGAUCGAUGUGCAGAUUGUGGAUGUAGCUCUUAUUUUGAUCAAUAAAUUUAUUUUUGGAAAUGUUGAGGAUUUGAGGAUGAUGUUGCAUUUAUUGAAUCAUGUCCACUCUUCAGUAAUGAUGAGAUAAGAAAUGAUAAGAAAGAUACCGUGGAUAAGGUGGAGUUGUAGAACUAGAGAUGUUUCUCAGCAAAGAAAUUGAGGAUCUGCAUGAUGAUGACUUUGAGGGAUCCAAAACUGAGCACUGUAUAUUCACAGAUGUUUUCUUUGGUGGUGGCAGUGCUAGCACAAGUAAGAGAUGUCUUGUUACUGGUGUGAUUGACUUUGAAUGUGAGUCAAAUAAGGCCACAGAUAUAUCACUAUCUUCAAACAGUGAAAACUCAAUUGUAACGAAUCAGUCAGACUCGAAAAAUACUUGUUUGGAGGAGUUUCAUAAUGUUACUGAGGAAUCCAGAGAAGUUUUUGCACCAGGGUUUUCCCUGGAGAGGAAUGGUGAAGAUGUGAGUGGUAAGAGAAUGAAGUUUUCAGUUGAUGAAUUUCCUAGUGCAAAACCUGGUCUAGAAAUGGUCAUUAAUUCACCCUUAGUUUCAAAAGAAAUGGUUUCUGGGAUGUCUGGUGCCACAGACUCCAUCACUGAAACAGUGAUGUUUCGUUUGGUCGAAUCUUCUAGUGAGGGUGUUACAUCUAGUUGCUAUCUGUUAAAGCAGCCUGCAAAACUUGACAGAGGGGCCACAGUGGGUGACUCUGAUGUUUCAAAGCGUAAAUUGCCAAAUUCUGAUGUGAAUGACGGAAAGGAUCUAUGUGCAAGCAAACCUGUUCCUUCUCCUGUUUCCCAAGAGAGUUUUUCAACCAUGCUUUUGGCUACGGGUCCCUCUGUCACUAUAUUGGAUAAGUUGGGAACUCUAGGUGCUGAGGGAAUGGCUGAGGGACUGGAAUUUCCUGUGACAGGUAGAUCAGCUAUUUCGUUCAAGAAAGACGUUAGUAAAGAUCUUCGUGGGCUUCUCCAGUAUGAUGUGAAUCGCUUACUUGAAGCUGCAGGAUGGCAAGUUCAAAGGAGGAAAAGAUCUAGUAGAACUUAUUUUGAGAGUGUUUAUGAAACACCAAAAGGAAAGUUAAUUCGUGACUUCCCCAAAGCUUGGAGGUUGUGUGGUGAGCUUUUGUUUGCAGAUAGGUGCAGUUCGCUGCAGAGAGAUGAUGCAAAGGAAUGGGCUAAUAUUAAUCAGUUUUGUUCAGAUCUAUCUAGUGCUCUGGUAAAGUUUGAGAAAGAGAUGAAUCAACCAGAAAUUGCACAUGAAUUGGCUUAUUGGUGGAGGUUCUUAGAUCCCUUUGUGAUUGUUAUGUUUAUUGAGAGAAAGAUUCGUGCCCUGAGAAAAGGGGAGGCAGUUAAAGCAACUGAAAGUUUAGAUAUUGAUACUAGUCACAAGGUUUUGGCCUUGACUAAUGCGAAUAGUAUAAAGAAUCAUUUAGUGACAGAAGAUGUUUUUGCUCCCCUCUGUAAUACAAAUCUGGCUGGUGGGAGUAGAUUGGCAGUUGGUGAAGUUAAUGGUAUGGAAGAUGUUUUGUCUGAGGAAGAAGAUCAGUUGCUGGGAGGCAAGGCUCACAAUAAGCUGGCAGGCAAUCUGCAUGGGUCUCUGGAUUAUCAACAAAAACGUGGAAGUCAAGUUGGUUCGAAAAAGAAAACACAAAGAAAGUGUAAAAAGAUUUCUGAAAUGGUACCAAGCUCUACUUCUAGUAAUAAUAUUGGUUUGCAAUGCACUGAUGUCAGUGGUAACCAGUCAAAGUUGAAAGAGGUAGGUGAUGACCUUGAAGGCAAUAAAAGAAAUAGAGGAAGUUGCAAGAAGUCCUCAUCUCUCGACUCCUCCCAGCAUGUGGUUGGUGAAAAAAGUCUCAAAUCAAUGAAAAAUCAUCAAGGCUAUGAUCAUAUUAAAUCUGGAAAGAAGAAACCAUCUAGAUGUGAAAUCAAGGAUGAUGAUUUACUCGUUUCAGCUAUCAUAAAAAGCACAGAUUUUAGUGCAAGUCCUGGUCGAUGUUCUUCUAGAAAGAAAGGCUGUAAGUCUAGAGCUCAUAGGAAGUCUAAAAGUCAAAAGAGCCAUUGCAAGUUGCUUCUUAGAAGCCUGGGCAGUGUAGGAGUUAAAACAGUUCUGUCGUGGAUGCUUGAUGCUGGGGUCAUAUUUCUGGAUGAUGUAAUUCAUUAUCGGAAUACUAAGGAUGGUUCUGUUAUUAAAGACGGUCUAGUUACCAGGGAUGGUAUUUUUUGCAAGUGUUGCAGUGAAGUACUUACAGUUUCUGAGUUCAAGAUUCAUAGUGGGUUCAGGCUAAAUCGUCCAUGUUUAAAUCUUUUUCUAGAAUCUGGUAAAGCCUUCUCCUUAUGCCAGCUUCAAGCCUGGUCAGCUGAAUACAAGUCCAGAAAACGGCGGACUCAAUUGGUGCGAGCUGAUGAGAAUGAUGAAAACGAUGAUUCUUGUGGACUUUGUGGUGAAGGGGGUGAGCUAAUAUGCUGUGAUAACUGCCCCUCUACUUUUCAUCAGGCUUGUAUGUCUCUGCAGGAGCUACCUGAAGGCAGCUGGUAUUGCCCAAAUUGCACCUGUUGGAUAUGUGGUCAUUUUGUUACCGAUAAAGAGGCUUCAAGUACUUCUGAUGGAUUUAAAUGUUCACAGUGUGAGCACAAAUAUCAUCAGGCAUGUCUGAAAGAAAAAUCCAUACAUGUACUGGAUUCUUGGUUAUGUGGUAGAGAUUGUCAAGAGGUUUACUUAGGUCUUCAGUCUCAUGUUGGCUACAUUAAUCACGUUGUCGAUGGCUUUUCAUGGGCACUUCUUAGAUGCAUUCGUGAUGACCAAAAGGUUCAUUCUGCUCAACGGUUAGCUCUAAAAGCAGAAUGCAAUACAAGAUUAGCUGUUGCUCUUACUGUCAUGGAAGAAAGCUUUCUGUCUAUGGUAGAUCCUAGAACUGGCAUAGACAUGAUACCCCAAGUUCUGUAUAGUUGGGGGUCAGAGUUUGCUCGUUUGAAUUUUCAAGGCUUCUACAGUGCAGUCCUGGAGAAAGAUGAUGUGUUGAUAUCUGUAGCAUCCAUCAGGGUGCAUGGAACAACUGUUGCAGAGAUGCCACUUAUUGCAACUUGCAGUCGAUACCGUCGCCAGGGCAUGUGCCGACGCCUUCUGACUGCUAUUGAAGAGAUGCUAAUUUCUUUUAAGGUGGAAAAGCUUGUAAUAGCUGCCAUUCCAGAAUUGGUGGGGACAUGGACGGGUGGUUUUGGCUUUAUACCUGUGGAAGAUGAAGAAAAGCAAAGUUUGAACAAGUUCAAUUUGAUGGUUUUCCCUGGAACAGUUUUACUUAAGAAGCCAUUAUGUGGAAACAAAACAGCAUAUAGACAUCCUGGAACGUGUGAUACAUCAUCCUUGGAAAUGGGAGGAAUGAGAGAAAGCAUUUGUUCUGAAGAAGAGACCAUGUUUAAGUUUGUGGGCACUGAUGAUAUAUGUUGUGGAAAGAAAACUGGGGCUGAAGCACAUAUUGAAUUUGUAGAAGGUACUAAUUUGGGAGAAGCUAGUAAAUCAACUAUUAGUGAUGAUAUUGGACCAGUUGGCACAUCAGGAGAAGGGAAGAACAUAUCCACUGAAGUAGGUAUUCAAUCCAGAGAGACCAUUGUUGGGUUUGUACAGCAACAUGUUGUCCAGUGUUCUGCUAACAAAACUGGUGCUGGGAUGGAAAAGUCACUGGAAACAGAAUUAUAUGGCGAAACUGGUACUGAUGCUGUAAAGCAAUCGGAUGGAAUCCAGGAACUUGAAACUAUAAAGCAACCGACAAUCUGUUGCCAGAUCAAAGUACGUAAUGAUACAAAAUCAAGGCAGAUGACUGGCAAGGAUUUGCUGGAAUCUGGAGUUAGCAGGAUUUUUGAAAGCGAUAAUAUGCAAGUGGAUGAACCCGAAGCAAGUAUCAUGCAUGAGCAAUUUUCAAAGCUGUCUUGUGAAGUAGCUUCAGAAGUAGAAACUAGUCAGCCUGAAAAGGCCACUAAUGUUAUAUCUUUGGAAAUGUAUGAUGAAACACAGCUUUCUCUGGAUGAACAAUCACAGAAAUGAUGCGAGGUGGAAAUAAUAUGGAUUAGUUAGAAAAUUUUGCUUUGCUCCAA